GCGGAGACAGAAACAGACACAGGGGCAACGAUAGGACCAGAACCUGAGUAUGGACAGAAAACACAGUAAGUUAUUGGAGAUGUCUGAAGCCAUCUAUGCUGUGCCAGAUAUGAACAAGAAGGUUAAGUUUAACAGAGGUGAGAUGAAGGAGAGGAUUGUGGAUAUCUACGUCAGUGCAGACACCCUGAGAGACGGUGAGACCAGCACCAAGAGAGAAGAGACAGAGGACACUGCUCCUAAUAAUGGACCAGGAGACCAGCACUCAGUACAUGUUCAGUGGUGGAAGAGACCCUCUGGAGUUGCUGCAGUGUGUCUGGGGCUGCUGUGUGUUCUCCUACUGGCUGGGAUCAUAGGCCUGUCUGUCCAAUACAGCAACGUCUCAAAGAACUCAUCUGCAGAGAGAUACCAGCUACAGACCAGUUAUAACAACCUGACUAAAGAGAGAGACCAGCUACAGACCAGUUACAACAACCUGACUAAAGAGAGAGACCAGCUACAGAACAGUUACAACAACCUGACUAAAGAGAGAGACCAGCUAAAGACUGAGAGAGAUGUUCUUAGCGGGAGGCUUACCAAUCUCAAGAACACCUGUCCUGAAGGCUGGCAGACGUUUGAAUCAAGUUGGUACUUCCUGUCUACUGAGACUAAAACCUGGGAGGAGAGCAGACAGGACUGUCUGGAGAGAAGAGCAGACCUGGUGAUCAUAAACAGCAGAGAGGAACAGACAUUUCUCUUCAACCUCAAGAAGAGUGUCUGGAUUGGUCUGACUGACUCUGAUAUUGAGGGGACCUGGAAAUGGGUGGACGGCGCCCAACUGAUCACAGGGUACUGGUAUGACCCACAGCCUGAUAAUGCAGGUCCUACUGGGGAGGAGGACUGUGCUGAGAUACGUAAAGAUCAGAGUCCUCUAAAGGCAUGGAACGACUUGUCAUGUGGAAGCAAACUCAACUGGAUUUGUGAGAAAGCAUUUUAACAUCACCUUGACAACAUACUUUAACAUAUGUUCCUCCUUCAUUCUCUCUCUCUCAAAUCAAUACACAUGUUGUAUUUCUUCAUAUAGCAUAUUAUUAAAAGUCCUAUUUAUUUCCUGA